UGCGCGCUUUGUCACCAAAUUGCUCUCCUGCUUCCAUAUUUACCCACACUGCCACUCUCCCUGUCUCAGUUUCACACAACACCCGCAAACCCUAGCGACCCCAAUUCUUCUCGUCUCCCUCGCAAAGUCGGCGUCUUUCAGCUUCUCCCACAACUAUACUGGUGAAGUACUAAGUCAAUGCAAUGGAUAUGUCUGAUGCGGUGAACAUCAAAUCAACCAGAUUAAAAUCUGUCGUGUGGAAUGACUUUGAUAGGAUUAAAUUGGCUGAUAACACAUGUAUUGCUGUUUGUAGACAUUGUAAAAAGAAACUCAGUGGAUCAAGUACCAGUGGGACAUCGCAUUUGAGGAAUCAUUUAAUUAGGUGUCAGAGAAGAUCUAGUCUUGGCAUACCUCAACUCUAUGCAGCAAGAGGAAAGAGAAAGGAAGGAACUUAUUUCAAUUUGGAUCAACAGCAGAAAAAGGAUGAAGUUAUUAACCUCGUGAAUAUUAGGUUUGAGCAAGAGCAGACAAAAGAUGACAUCAUCAACUAUGGAAGUAAUAACUUUGAUCAAAGGCGGAGUAGAUUUGAUCUUGCCCGAAUGAUUAUUUUACAUGGGUAUCCUUUGGAUAUGGUUGAGGAUGUUGGAUUCAAAGUGUUUGUUAAGAAUCUACAGCCCUUAUUUGAGCUUGUGACAUCCAAAAGAGUUGAGGCUGACUGUAUGGAGAUCUAUGUGAAAGAGAAGCAAAAGGUGAAUGAUGUGUUGGAUAAAUUGCCUGGUAGAAUCAGCCUGAGUGCGGAUAUGUGGACUUCUUUGGAUGGUGCUCAGUACUUGUGUUUGACAGCACACUAUAUUGAUGAUUCUUGGCAAUUAAAUAAGAAGAUUUUAAAUUUUAUUGUCGUUGAUUCUUCUGAUACAGAAGACAAGCAUUCAGAAAUUAUCAUGACAUCUUUAAUUGAAUGGGAUGUUGAUCGUAAGUUGUCUUCUAUGACCUUUGAUAGUUAUUCCACCAACGACAACAUAGUCAUUAGAAUCAGAGACAGGCUGUCCCAAAACAAGUUACUUUAUUGUAAUGGUCGGUUAUUUGAUGUGCGUUGUGCAGCAAAUGUUCUCUAUAUGAUGUUUCAGGAUGCUCUAGAAGCACUUUGUGAGAUAACUGAUAAGAUUCGAGGAAGUAUACGGUAUGUCAAAAGUUCGCAAGCAUUACAAGCAAAAUUUGACGAGAUAGCUCAACAAGUUGGAGGUCAGAGUAAGAGGUUCCUAUGCCUAGAUAAUCAAAUGCAGUGGAACUCGACAUAUGUUAUGCUUGAAAUUGCUUUGGAGUACAGGGACGCAUUUUAUCUUUUGCAUGCAAAUGACAUUGUCUACACAAUGUGCCCAUCCGAUAUUGAAUGGGAUAGAGUGAGUGUCAUUACGAGCUACUUGAAGCUCUUUGUUGAGGUUACCAACAAUUUCACAAAAUUCAACUCUCCAACUACAAAUUUGUAUUUUCCUGAGCUUUGUGAAGUAUACUCGCAGCUGAAUGAGUGGUGCAAGAAUCCAGAUGAUUAUGUCAGGUCUCUGGCUUUUAAGAUGAGAAGCAGAUUUGAAGAAUAUUGGCAGAGAUGUAGCUUGGGUUUAGCGGUUGCAGCCAUAUUAGAUCCUCGAUUCAAGAUGAAAUUGGUAGAGUAUUAUUAUGGGAAAGUUUUUGGCAGUGGCGCUCCAAGCCAUAUUUCUGGUGCUUUUGAGUGUGUCAAGGCACUGUUUAAUGAACAUUCAAACUGCUUAGCUUCCCUUGAUCAAAUUGUGCCUUGGCAAGUAGGUGGUAGUUCUCACUUUCCCGGUUCUGAAAGGGAGUCGGGGGAUAGGCUGAGUGGCUUUGACAAAUACAUUGAGGAAACUACUCAGAUCGAUGGAACAAAGUCAGAUUUGGACAAGUACUUGGAGGAGCAUGCCUUCCCUCGUCACGCACCAGGAUUUGACAUAUUAAAUUGGUGGAAAGUUCACGCUCCUAGGUACCCUGUCCUAUCUAUGAUGGCCCGCAAUGUGUUGGGAAUUCCUGUGUCAAAAGUUGCGAAGGACUCAGCAUUCAACACCGGAGGAAGAGUGCUCGAUCGUGAUUGGAGUUCCAUGAACCCAGCCACUGUCCAAGCAUUGAUGUGCGCGCGGGACUGGAUACGAAGUGAACUCGAAAGUUAAAUUAGGUCAAUUUUGUUCCGUUUAAUUACAUUUUCGGUGUCUACAUCUUUCAUGUAUUCCGGUGCAAAUUGGAAAGCCAAUUGUAUGGGUCUCGUUUCAGUUUUUCUGUCUUUCAGUAGGUCUUUCCAUCUCUCAGUAAACUCCCCUGUUGUAGAUUUUUCCAGAUAUUGUACAUACUACUGAAAUAUUAUGUCAAUUUUUACA